AUGGCCCAGCUCGUGGGGCUUCUGUGGGCUUGGAUCUGCCUGCUUCACAGUGCGGUCGGCAUGAACUACGAAGAUGGUGAGUGUGUCUUCCCAUUCCAGUAUGAAAAUAAAAUGUUCUAUGAUUGCAUCAAGUUCAAGGCAAAACACAAGUGGUGCUCAGUAAACGCUACUUAUGAAGGAUACUGGAAGUACUGUGCCCGAGAUGACUUUGCAAAAUGUGUGUUUCCCUUCUGGUACAGACGCAUGAUCUACUGGGAAUGUACCGACGAUGGGCAUAAGUUUGGGAAAAAAUGGUGUUCACUGACCAAGAAUUAUAACAAGGACCAAGUUUGGAAAUUUUGCUGA